UAUGAGUCGUUGUGAGCCGUUAAUUCACGAUAUUUCGUCUUUAUUCGUAUUGACUGUUUUGGGCGGAGGAAAUCAAAAACUGCCUUCUUCUCCCUUUAUUCAAUGGUUGCUCACCAAUCUGAAUCUCUCGUCUCACCAUACGAUUCACUAUGUUGUCUCUUCGAAGCCUCACUAGCUUCGUCGCUCUCCCAUCGCCAAUCAAUCCCUCUCCCUAUUCGCGUCGUCCCUCAGUUCGCUGCCGUCUCACCGAGGCUGCUGCAGCUUUUGAAGUGGUCUCCGGAGAGUCAGACCGUGCGAUUGCCAGUAGCUUGACUGAGCUCCAAAACGGCGGUGGCUGGAAGGUGGAACCAGAGCAGCUUCCUCCUCCCACGGCGGAAGAUGGCGGCGAAGGAGAAGCUGAAAAGGAAGAAGAGAGGAUUUCGAGUGUCCAUGUUCCUCGUGAGAAGUACAUCAACGUCUCCAAGUCUGAUCUCGUUAACGCCGUUGUAACGACGUUACUCGAUUCACAAGACGGAGACGCUGACAUCUUUCUCCUCCUUGCCACGUGCUUGGACUCUAUCCUUCACGCGGAGCACAAGAAGGUCUUAGAGCAGAUGAGAGCCGAUUUCGUCGCCACUCAGUCUCUCGAGAAGGUAAACAUUGGUGACGAUGAGAGCUCUACUACUUCAGGUAGAGAGACUGACUCAGAUGAUGAAACAAAUAAAACUGAACCUGGGAGUGUUGUUAAUGGAUACGAGGGUUUAUCAUUCCCUCUGGCUGAUGGUUUUGAUAUUUGGAACUUUUUGAUUUCCACUGGUAAACAAGCAAAGAGACGUUCUGCUGAAAGUGUUACUGCUGCGACUCGGUUCCAGCGUUCCUUUAUUCAGCUUCUCGACAGUGCCGGUUUUGAAGAGCUUUCUGCUAGGGAUUUGGCUUUGACGUCGGCUCUCAACACGGAUUACCUUCUUACUUUGCCUGUUUACGUUGAUUGGAACAAGGCAUCAGAGUCCAAUGCUAUUGUUUUCAGGCGUGGAUAUGCAACUGAGAAGCAGAAGGGUUUGUUACUUGUGGAGAAGCUAGACUAUAUCCAGUCUGUAGUUCUACGAGGAAUCUUCUCUACUAUUUCAAAACCCCUGAGAAAAGUUGGAAAAUUGAUAAACAAGGCAUUAAGUGAGGCUUCCCAAACUCAAGAAAUUCAAGAUUUGUCAGAGAGAGUGAAAAUUUGGCUCAAGGAGUUGUCUCUUUUCAAGGAAUCAUAUCUAGACCUAGCCCAAACCUCUGAUAAGUUCUUGGAAGGUGAUUCCCUCUCAGAUUCAGUCCUCCCCAUGCGUCUAGCAGCAAAAAGAGCAGUCAGUCGCUAUGAAGGGCUUCUCACACCUGUUGGUCCUCGUGAAAGGCUCUUCAGAAAGUUGCUCACGUGGAUUGGUUUCAUCUCUCCUGGUUAUGAAACACCAUUCCAGCUAGCUAAUGAUAGUAAUGCAUCAGAACCGUAUCUGAGGCCAAUAUCCUUGUCAAGGAUGACACUAGGUGAUAUAUGGAAACCUGCUUCAAAGAAAGCCUGUGGAAAUGAUAUGUGGAAAAGGAUAAAAACUUCGAUUUCCAUUCUAUUAUCACCCUCAACGCUGCAGGAGCCUGCAUUUGAGGAACUAAUUUUGCUUUACACGAUGGAUGCGGGUGAAAAAGGUGACAAGAAUGAAGAUGAAACCCGAUCAUCAUUACAACUGGAGAUAUUUGAAAGAAUUCCAAUUCCUGAUUUGCCUGUAAUUUUCCCUCACAGGAAGCUUUACUUCCGCAUCAUAGAUACAGUGCGUUUGGAUAUCGCCAGUAUUUUGGGACUUACGGCAUACUUUGUGAACUACAAGUUUGAGAACAUCUCAUCAUCCCCGUCAGCAUUCUUUCUUGAUGUGAUCGCCGUCACUGCUCUGGUAAUCUACGCAACACGUGUGGUUUUGGGUUACAAGCAGACAUGGGACAGAUAUCAAUUGCUAGUAAACAAGACGCUUUAUGAGAAAACCUUAGCCAGUGGCUUUGGCUCUGUUCACUUCCUUUUGGAUGCCUCGGAGCAGCAACAGUACAAGGAGUCAAUAUUGACAUAUGCAAUUAUCCUUCAAGCCGGAAAGAAUCAGGUUCUACAUAAUGCCAUGUCUUACCAGGGAGUUCAAGAUAGAUGCGAGAGAUUCUUGUAUGACAAUUUCAAAAUAAAGGUUGAGAUGCGAGUAGAAAAAGCUAUAAGCACGUUGGUGAGACUUGGUCUAGUAACAGAGACAUUAAUCGAUGGCAAGACCAAGCUACAAGCUGUUCCUUGUCCUCAGGCUUAUGUCUCUCUUAAAGAAAUUUGGAACGGUCUUCUUGGUUGAUCCAGUAACAUUUUUUUGCUUUUGUUGUAACAAUAUCUCAACAGUAAAAACCCGAAUAGGUUGUUUAUACAUAAACAUAAUCUACUAACAUAAUAAAGUUCAUCUUCUCUCUUGUGAUA